UGAGCUGUAGUUUUUGGACGUUCAGGAGGAUGGGGAUACCGGAUCCAACACCUCUACCAAUCGUCGGCAAUAUGGUGGCCAUGUUGUCGGAGGGUCUCCGCGCUUUUGAUCGGAAUGCAAUUCAGAAAUAUGGGAAAGUGUUUGGACAUUUCGACGUUCUUUCUACGAAUUUAGUGGUAGCAGAUAAAGAGAUGUUGAGGGAAAUACUGGUGAAGCAGUUUAACAACUUCCCAGAUAGAAGGACAGUUGAUGGAUUCGCAGGAGAUCUAGAGCAUGGUCUGGUUAAUGUCAAAGGAUCCCACUGGAAACACAAUAGAAGAAUUAUUACCCCGACAUUUUCAUCUGGAAAACUUCGUCAGAUGAUGCCAUUGAUUCAGGAAGCGUGCGACACCCUAGUAAAAACAUCACAGAAUCUCAUGGAGAGUGGGGACGAUGGUCAAGUGGAAAUGAGAAGGUUAUUUGGAGGAUACACAAUGGAUGGGAUUAGUUCCACAGCUUUCGGUAUCCACGUGGAUUCUCAGAGUAAUCAGGAUGACCUCUUUGUAAUGCAUGCUAAGAAGAUGUUUGACAUUUCAUUCACCAAACCUUGGAUGCUCGUUGUUAGCCUUGAUCGUAUACGCAUUCUGAUGUACUUCCUCCAACUGAUGAUCGAUGCACAGGAAGGUAAAUUAAAACUGGAUGAUGAUGAGGAGGAUUCUAAAGAACAGAACAAUUGGUCUUCUGAAGGUCAUCAAGGCCUUACAUUUGAUGAAAUCCUGGGAAAUGCAAAAUUGUUCUUUGUUGCGGGCUACGAAACGACGGCUUUGACACCCACCAUGAAUGCAUACAACCUCGCUACGAACCCAGAGUGUCAGGAAAGGCUACGUCAGGAAAUUGAGGAAAAAUUAGGGUCGGAAGUAAUUGACUUUGAAAACGUCAAAAAACUUCAUUAUCUCGACAUGUGUAUGAACGAGACACUGCGAAUGUACCCUCCAGCAAUGAGAGUAAACAGAAUGUGUGUCAAAACUACAAAGGUCAAUGACAUUACGAUACCAGCUGGGAUGACGGUGACUGUACCAAUACUUGCAAUGCAGCAUGAUCCGGAGGUUUGGGAAAAACCCGUUGUUUUCAAUCCAGAAAGGUUUUCGGCAUCUGAGAGAGAUAAGCACGAUCCAAUGGAUUUUCUACCUUUUGGAUAUGGACCCAGAAACUGUGUCGGCAUGCGACUUGCUUUAAUGGAGACUAAAAUGGCUACAGCUCAUAUCGUGCGUAACUUCAAAAUGUGUGUCGGAAGCAAAACUGAAAUACCUCUGAUAAUGAAAGACAAGUCUAACCUCCUGAAACCUGUAAGUGCAUGGUUGAAGCUGGAACAGAUAAAGUGA